AUGAACACGGAAAAGGCGGCGCAAGUGCUGCGCAAAAUCGAAGACCUCAACGCGAACCACGAAAUCUCAAUCAUCAAGCUUAGCGAGCCGAUAUUGAGCGCCGCGAACCAAGAAUCCCGACAGCGAACAUCGGACGCCUCCAACGCCUCCCAAGAUGCGACCACGCCAGACAGCCUCGACGCCGACCUGGCGCACUACAAGGAGCUCUUCGCGAAGCUGCGCUUUUCCUACGUCGAGCAGGUGACUAAGGAGAAGUUCAUUCGCGCCAUCGUCGGCGACCCGCCCCUCAUCGUCACGCCGCAGGAGAACCUCGAGCUCGAGAAAGCGAACCUCGAAGCGAAGGCCGAGCUCAAGGCGCUCAAGGUGGAGGUCGCCGAUAUGGUGGCGGAGCUGGAAAGGAGGGGAAAGGAGCUGGCGAAGCGAUACGAGAGCGUGCAGUUAGACACCGCCAAACUUAGGGAACUACCCGACAAGAUCAUCGAAUUGGAGGAGCGUAUCGCGGGGCUCAAGGAAGCGCAGGCGCCGGGACAAAGUCCGCUGAUGAAUCUUCCGCUGGCGAAGACACUGGAGUUGGUAGACGAGAAGAAGAGGCAACAACAGCAGCUGGACCGUGAAUUGGAGCAGCUGCAAGCCAGGGUGCCGAGGAAAAGAAAGGAACUCGAAAGACUGCAGGCUGAAUUACAACCACUUGAGGUCAAGAGACAGAACAGCAAGACCGCAGCAAAAGAAGCGCGCAGGAGGAAAGACGGCGCGGGCGGUGAUGAGGAUGACCUGGAGGAGCGCGGGCGGUGGUUACGGGCCAGCGAGGCGGCGUUGAAGCAGAUGCUUGAUAUUCAGGCGAAGGGUACCUCCUCGUUUGGUAAGAGACACAACAAGACGCACGUUCUGUGCCGUCGUUGCGGUCGCCGAUCUCUCCACGUCCAGAAGCACACCUGCUCUUCUUGCGGUUACCCCUCGGCCAAGACUCGCAAGUACAACUGGUCCGAGAAGGCCAAGCGGAGAAAGACCGUCGGCACCGGCCGCAUGCGCUACCUCAAGGACGUCUCCCGCCGCUUCAAGAACGGCUUCCAGACCGGUGUCCCCAAGGGCUCCGCCGGCCCUGCCGUCCAGGCGUAA